UUUUCAAAUGCUUCAGAUCUAUUUGUAACUGUCGGGAAGAAUUAUUUCAGAAGAGGAAACUGCAAUAACAGUAGGGGAAGUGCACAUUUACGCCACUGAGGAUGAGACUCAACUGUGCUGGGAAGUUCGGGAAAAUCUUCCUCAUCGUCCUAAACAUAGUGUUCAUGCUGCUUGGGCUUGCAUUAAUAAUACCCGGAGUGCUGGUCCAUGUGAAUGUGGACUUUGUCAGCGAGAAGGUUCUCCCGUUGAUGAGUACAUUGACGUUUGGUGGGAUCUCAUUGGCCGGAGCAGCACAAGGUCUAUCUAUAGCCUUAAUCAUUGUCGGCACGUUCCUGUUUCUGAUAGCUUUCAUUGGAAUUCUUGGAGCAUGCUGUGGAUGGAGAAUGGCACUCAUUAUAUACGCUGUGGUGGUUCUAGUCCUGUGGGUUGCCCAAUUGGUGAUUGUCUGUCUCUACAUCACUAUGAAGGAAAAAAUCAACACCGAGGUACAGGAACAGAUGCUGGCGCAGUUACACGAUAAUUACAUCGCCGACGAGCUGACUUCAAUAAACACGACAACCUCCUCCAAGAUAUCGACCGCCUGGAAUUACCUAUUUAUUCAGCUUAAAUGUUGUGGAGUUCACCCGGUGUCAUUGCUCAGCAACGACUUUGAUAAUACGCAGUGGAGGAAAGACAACCCCUUGAUUACGGCCAAGAUUCCUAAGUCUUGUUGUGGUGCUACCGAGACCAACUAUUUGGUAUUCAGCAACCCCCAAUGCACAGACUCUCUCGUCACCGGAUAUUACGAAAAUGGCUGUUUUAACACCAUCUACAACCUCAUCGCCAGCUAUAACAUCGCCUUCAUCGCUGUCGGAGUCAUCACUCUUCUGGUACAGGGAGUUGCUAUAGCCUCGGCUUGUAUGAUAUACAGACAGUUGACCAGUCAUAGCCAGUUUGCCUAAUGGAACAAUGUCCAGUUACCCGGUGAACUGUUUACAGACCAAUUGCUGUUUGCUCACCGCCUGCUAAAGAAGAUGGAUAUCUAUUAAUCCCAUCUUAACGCGUCAGAAUCUAUCAAAAUAUAAUCAAGAUGAAAGCCUGCAAUUUAAAAAAAGAAUAUUUUGAACUGUUUAUUUAUUAGUUAAGAAAUUGACUCACCAUCCUUGUGCCAGAUAAACGUGUUUGUGCUGUAUAUCUAUAUGUACGUAUUGUGCUACAAAUGUCAUAAUUUCAAAUUAAAAAAAUGUAUCUUACAUUUUUACAUAUAUGUAUCCCUUUCCAGGCUGUCUGUUUGUCUAUGUUUUUUAACAUGUGAAA